AUGCUGUCCCCAGCGGAACUUCGGAAACUCACACGACUCCCUGCUGAUUACAAGCGCGUCCAGAGUAAAUCAGAGUGCCUUCGAACCACACGGGUUGUGAUGCAGCAAUCUGUACUUGAACAUCUGGGAGAAGUCCAAAACCGAUUCUUCUGGCUACGCGGUUCUCCUGGAACUGGCAAGACCGCAAUUUCUCUAAGCAUCGCUUCGACUCUUGCUAAUCAAGGAAGAUUGGCAGCGUCAUUCUUCUGGGAUAAGAAUCAAAAAGACAGUGGGCUCGACUCCGCUGAAAUGUUACCGUCCACACUUGUGCGACAACUUGCAAUUUUCAGUGAGGACUUCAAAUUGUCACUUGUAAAACAUCUUCAGCGGGAGGACCUAGAAUUAGCUUCAAGUCUUGGCUUGGAGGAGCAAGUGAAGGCUCUCAUCAUUGGCCCAAUGUGUGAUCUGAAGGAGUUGUGGCUGUUGAGCGAGAAACACUU